AUUACAUAUAAUAUUUUGCCCAGUCAGUUGUUUGACUGGAUUUGUUCCACCUUGGACGAAACUUGCUCUCAUUCGAAAGUAGCACAUUUCUACCGACUUUUUGCCGAACGUGGCAACGGUGUUCAACGGCAAGUGGUGGAUGCGUACACAGAAUUUACAAAUAUCUGGUGUUUGUUGGUGUGCACAGUGAAUUUGUUGCGAGUAUUCAAAAGUGUUUUCAGGUUGUUUUAGCGGCAAUUAUAGCAUUGUUAUCUUUGAUAGACAAUUUUUAAAGACAAUGGGAUGUCGGAAGCGCAUUCUUUGUGGAGUUAGCAGUGAAAAAACUGAGGCAACCUUCCACAGGUUUCCUAGUGAAAAGAAAAACAAGAAGAGAGGUGCACUAUCCUCAAUAUUGACAUAAAUGAUUUACCACUUCAUGCCUUUAUUUGCGCAAAUCAUUUUCACAAAAGAUAUUUAAUAGAAGGCAAAAGAACUCAACUAAAGCAUUCAGCAGUUCCAUCAGUAGAACCUUUGAGGCAAACAGAGUAAGUCCUAAAUUAUAUUUAGCUAUUGGAUGAAAUGGAAUAUUUUGUUGCUAUACUUUUACUUAUCUAUUUUAAAGUGAUUCCAGUGAUGAGGAGAAUGAAAUCAAUCUUGCCAAGAAAAUUGCCCUAAGCCAUUCAAAUAGUGAACAACUGGAAAGCAGGGAUCUACCUAGAGAACAAAUAAAGUCACCAGAAGUAGCAACAGAAAUGGUAUGUGAAUACAGUUUUCCUGAACAAGAUCGAACAACAGAUAGUAGCACCCUAUCAGCUUCGCUGUCAGGUACCCAGUCAUUAUCUGAAACCGCUACAUUAAGUGCUUCAAAAUCAGGUACUGGAAGUAUCCCAGUGACACCACAGUCCUGUACCCAUACCUCAGAAUUAGAUAUGAUAAUGAAAACAAAACCUAUUCGAUACUUCGGCGAUAUACGUUAUACUGAUUUGGAAAACCCACUUAAAAGGCCAAUUUGCUGGAAGGUCAUUCAAAACACGUAUAAGAAACAAAGAAAGAGAAUUGACUAUUUACGAGCCAAAUCAGGAAGACAAGCAAACAAAAUUUGGUCUCUUCAAGCAUUGAUAAACCAUUUGAAGCGAAUAAAUAUGAUAUCGGAGAAUGCUCAACACAUGCUUGAUGUAAGUGAUUACAUGUUUAUUUUUUGA